AUGUUAGCUAAAAGGUACGCGGAGUUGCAGCUGUCCUCAGCGGCGGCUGCGGAUAGGCGAAAGUCGUCUGUCGGUCUCCGGCAACGAGGACCUCCAUCGCAAAGUGGUGCUGAGAAGCGAGUUAACGUCAAUGUGCUAAAAGACUUUUACAUGAAAAGGUUGGAGACCCAGAAAAAUGCGUUCGGAGCAACAGCUGGAUCGGGAAGUGGGACAGCAGGAGGGGUGGGUAGUUACGACCAGCGUCUGUGAUUUUUUCUAAUGUAAACUAACACCAGGAGUUCAAUUUGUGGAAGGUACAGGGUGGCUGAACGGCCUCUAUACAACCGUUAGACAAACGUACUAGAAUGAGGUAAUAUCACGACAUGACACGACAUGAUCAUGUUGAGCGGGAUUCUUCUUGCAUUGAAUUUGAAUGAAGGUGACAAGAAUGGUGAUGGUGAACAUGAUUGGCAUUGGUUCAUCGACCGCAAGGAGCUGCUCCUCCUUCUCUUCAACCAUGUGCUCACACAACUUCCACCUCAGGCGCUGGCGUCUCCGGCGCGGGUGGAUCUUCAUCAUCAACUGCAUUUUACAAGAGACCGCGAAUAGCGCUACCUAAGUCUGAUGAGACAGUGGAUGGACUAGUUUUGUGUCUCAACACAGGAGACCUCGUGAACCCGGAUAGCAUGAAACCCUCAGCGCAAAUGGGGGUCGGAGGCGCACCUCUGAAUUUGGAUUCUCUGGUACGGUGGAUGUUUUGUUAGUUGUAGAGUACACGUACAGGAGUCGAUGUUGAUGAACACAAUCUUUUUAAUAUCACUUGAGGGAAUCUGGAACUGGAGCUGCGGUGAUUCAUAAUUCUACAUUGUUCCUUAAAUGGGCACAAAACACACGUGUCCACCACAGCCUCCAGACGAGCAAGUUGGAAGUUUCAAUCAGCGACUCGAAAACUUUUUGAAGACAUUGAAUGAGCGCAUUGAGAAGAGUUCACUCAAAGCAAACGUGAUGCGGCACUUGACACAAGUGCGGUAUCAACUCGACGUAGCGCUCAGGUGGACCAUGGGAUGUGCAGAUAUCGGCGUCCUGUCGGAUCAUACAGUGCAGACACUAGGCGGACUAGUGUCAUCUGCGUUGACGCUGGUGCCGCAGGAAUAUGUGAUUGCUAAACGGUAUUCUUUCUUUGCUUGUCGUGCUGACGCUGACAUCAACUAAAACGAUAACGAUUUGUGUUGAGCCACAAACACCACGCUGUAUCAAUAUUAUCGAAAAAAACCCGUAUCCAUUGUAUCAUCAAACACCUCGUCUUUCACAGGGUUCACAUGAUCGUCCGCCAAAAAGAGCGAUUUCUACGCAAGCUCAAAAUAGAAUCCGGACAGCUGGCAGCUAGAGAGGAGGAUAAAGAACUCCUAGCAUUGGAAGAGGACGACGAGGAUCGGGUUGACGGUGGAAAAUCCGAAGUGACGUCUGUGGUAGAGAUGACCAGUAACUGCGGUACCGAGUUCUCUGCUACGGAUAUCACCGCAAGUAGCAAAGCUAGUGGAUUUCCGUAUGCUUCGGGUCCCUUGGUUUCCGAUGUGGCGAAUUUGAGCAGUUUGGGAGAGUAUUGCUAAUCAUCUUUUGCUUUUGUUCGUUUUUGUCUUACAUAUUCAUCCCUUUACAAUUUUGCAUUCGUUGUGCCUAGAUGAUCGGGGACCUGCUCAAACAGAGUAGAACCUUCUGACCACGGACAAUUUUUGCUCACUGCUUCGUUCCAUUGUCAACAAAAGCCUCAAAUCACCACCAGAAUGAGCGCAUGCCGAACAGAAGAUGAGAAGCGAAGGUGGUUCUACAGUCAGUGCCUUACUGUCAAGCUUCAGUGCACCGAUAAAGACAAAGCGCGCAAAACACUCAUCUCAGAUCUCUACGACCAAUGCAAGGUACUACUUGGACGAUCUUCACUGAUCUUAUUGGGAGUACGAGUACUUUCCCUAGGGCCGCAUAGAUAUCAUGAUUUAUUAUUCUUGUUGAUCUUAAUAUAUAAUGUAAAUCAAAAUCUUGGAACCUGCUCCUCUACCUCGUCAUACAACAGCGCAAAAACGUCCCCAUGGAGAAGUGGUCUGAGUGGAUUAGGGCUGAAUUCGGUGUUGUCGGAGCUGCUGAUCCCCGUGGAGCCGAUAGUCCCGGUGGAUCGCCAUUAAAAGGUGCAGGAUCGCCAAUACCUGGUGUUUCUUCAUCGGGAGUUGCUCCGAGCAAUAGUUGUGGCUCAUCGAUUUCGUCUAGAAGUGCUGCUCCUGCAGCAUCACCCGCUGAGAUGAAGAGUGCGUUGACAGCGUCAAACUUGGAUGCCUGGAAUGCACACACGACCGCUAACGCUCGAGAGUAUUGUCAUGUCUGUUUCAUUGUUCCUGUUAAUUUAGAGUGAUUGGCUCUUGAUAGACGCUGAUGUUGAUGUAGCUUUACUUUUCUUCCCAUGGUCCAUGACAUCAUUUUCAUCUACAUCUUCUUCAAUGGCUGAACAAUUUCAUCUUUCAGGAACGCAAACGCAAUACCUUCUACAAGUGCCGGCACUGGCGUAGUCUCAUCCUCAGCGAUUCUUCAAGUUCAACAGGGAGGACAACCACAACUCGGAGCCAGUUCUUCGAGUUCUUUCCUACCCUCUAGCACUGCUGCUCCCGCUACCAGUGCUGCUGCCGCAAACCGUUUCCCAACACCCUCAGCACAAUCAUGGCAGCCUUCUUCAUCGUCUGAAUUUGUCGGAGAUGUUGGAGCGAGCAAGGGAGUAACUGGAGCUACUGCCACAACAAUUAAGGCUGCCCCUAAUCCAUCUCGAGAAGCAUCUUGCUGUUGAAGCUCCUGUUGCAUCAUAUUACAGAGAUGAAGUGAGAGAAUCAUUAUGAGCAUGCGUCUCCGGAUGGAUAAGCAUGAGGGUCCUCGUGAGCUCUAAAACAACUAAUGUCGCGGCAAGCGUAGCAGCAGCCAUGGCUGCUCCUCCAGUUGUUCCUGGUGGAGGAUCGAGUACGAGUUUCGGUUUCGGUACAACUUCUACGUCAGGAGUAGCAGUGAAACAAGGCAAUAGUACUACUACUACUUCACAAAUUAUAAUUGGUGGGGCAUCUACUUCUAGCACGACAAUGCUGGGUGCUGGAACUACAACGACUCAAACAUCGACUACAGCUGCAGGAUCGCAACAACCUGCUACAGCAUCUACCAGUGCCUACCAACCACAAUCUCGAACUACAGUAACAACAAGGCAACAGGCGUUUCAACCUGCAACGACGACGUGGGGAAUAGGUACCACAGGAACAAUUGUGCCGAGAAUAGGCUUGAACGUUCCCAGAAUAGGCCUCAACUUACCGAUCCGACCAUCUCCCAUACAGUUCCAACCGCAGUAAUCAAUCCCAGAACGAUUGUCAUACUAGAUGUUCGGGUUGAUGUACUAGUAGUUAGGUAGACAGCGAGGAACAGCACGAGCAGGCAGGCGCACGCAUUUACAGCUUUCUGUUUUCUAUUUUCAUCAAGGAAGUUCAAGUUACCUUUUUUUUACUUCUGACAAUUAUAGCAAGAUAGAAUAACAAUAGUAAUAUUUAUUUCAUCAAGCUUUAGCUUACUCACUCUUACUGACGCACGUUACAGCAACGUUAGCGCAAUUUUCACGCCAUCAACUUAAUAGAGGUCGUUAUCUGAAAUGGCAUUUUUGAUGUACUGGAUGAAUACAUAGAACUAGAAGAAUCAAUAGGCACAAUUUUUGCUGUACUGGAUGAAUAGAAUCAAUAGGAGCACACCUUUUCAUUGAAUAGGCGACGCAGAGACCAAGCGCGAGGCUGCAGAUGGAGUAUGAGGCUAAAUUUGAUUGCUUAGCAAUCUAUGAUACCUGGUAAUAGUUGCAAUAGAGCUCCUCAGGAGACUCAGUUGAUCACGUUUUGCAUCUUCAUUUUAAUGAACACUGGAAAAAAUAUGCGAGCCUUGUAUAGGCACAUAUAAGCUUUUGUACAGCGGUAACGCGCGCUACAUGAUGAAUGCAGCGACGAUUGCUGUAUAUAUUUAUAAUGAUGAAUACGGUCAUACAUCAUGCUAGUAUAAGUCAUGGGCUCUUAAUGUUAUAAUUUUUCGUUACACGACACCAACGACCAGAUAAAAACGUGGACGACUAAUAUGAGGGCUGAUUUAAAAAUAAAAGACACACGCUGCUGAUAUAAUCUUCGUCAGUGAGCAGGUGUCACCUGCCAGGUGAAUGAGAAUUCGCGGAAAUAGAUUUUGACAAUUUCGUAGUGGUCGUUGUAUAGCAUCUUCAGCAACACCGCUCACAUCAAUCUUGUUGACUGUGACAUGACUCCCGUAGUUCGGUCAGAAUUGAGAGAGGACUAACUCAAGAUCUACUUUGACAAGAAGAGCGAGGAGAGAAGUGGUGUGUCAACAGAAGUGACUCUAGUUGUAUCUCUUGUGAUGGUGUCUUCUUCUCCUAUCCGCUCUGUUUCCAU